AUGGAGUUUACCUCACCAGCAGAUCAACUCGGAAAACAACGUCCUGAUGCUAGGCCCCCAGCUUCACAGAGAAUUCGGACAAUUCUGACUCCAACCGGAAUUGCUCACCAAUAUCGACUCAAGACCUUUCCAGAUACUAUCACAGCACCGUUGCGAGACUUACCUAAAGAUCGGCUUGUCAAGUUCCGAGUUCACAAAGGAAGUUGGGAACUUCCAGAUCCUAGACUUCUCGAAAUUCAUGCUUGUAUUGGUAACUUUCUACAUAUGAGUGGCCAGGCGGAGAUAAUCGACAAUCUUUUGGAGAAUUACGAAGAAUGUGGUGGGCUUGCUCCGAGUGGAGGCGGCAACCUAGAAGACCUUCUUGCAGCGAGCAGUCUCUCACUACUAGCAACGUCUGACGAUAGAUAG